AUGCUUCGUGCCGUGCAUGGAAAAGCUUUCGUGAGACAGCUGUACAUCAGCAAAGGAAGCGCCAGAGGGCAAUUGGGAUAUGCGUCUCGAUGUGCAUUUUCUACCAGGUUACACGGGGGUACAGAGAUUCUCAUUCGGGGUCGAACUCGAAAUCCACCUCAUAGAUAUGUAUUCUACCAGAAGAGGGUUUUGGGUGGUAUCCCAACCUUGUUACUCCCUCCGGUAGUAUUCGGCGGACUGGUCAUCGCUCUCUGGACUUGGAAAUGCUUCAUGAUGGUUCUUUUCCAGAACAAGAUCAUCUACAUGCCUGGACUCCCUCCUAAUGCACGUCGAGAGACGAUUGCAGAGUACAGGACUCAAUGUAGUGGAAUUGAAUGGCGAGAAGAAAUGAUCAGAUCGCUGGAUGGGACAAGGAUUAGUCUCUGUGUCGCUAGUGUCAACGACUUCGAUGUUUGUAAUGAAAGGAUAGUGUAUAUCCUUUAUUUCCAGGGUAAUGCUUCUUCUAUUCCUCCUCGUUUGCCGUUUCUCUCACCUGUUUUGAGAAUGUUGAGAGAUCGAUGUCAGGCUGGUGCUGUCAGGUAUACGAUGGUAUGCUGCAGCUAUCGUGGGUACUGGAGUUCCAAAGGUAGACCAUCGGAGAAAGGCAUCGCAUUAGAUGCUGCUGCUUCAUUGGACUGGGUACGAGACGACUUUCUCAAGCAAGGUGGGAAGGUUACGGAGUCAGUCCCAGUUGUCGUCUGGGGUCAGAGUAUCGGUGCAGGUGUGGCAAAUAAUCUCGCUGCACAAGCACAAUCGUUUCAAAUGUCAAAGCCAAGUCUUUCGCUCGCGACUCUGAUUCUGGAGACGCCGUUCAUCAGUGUGAGGGCUAUGCUCGAGACGCUAUAUCCGCAAAGAUGGCUGCCGUAUAGACAUCUGUGGCCGUUCUUGUGGAAUCACAUGGACAGUUCCAAGGCUUUGGACACCACGAGUCAAAGAUACAGGAGUGCAGAGAUGAAAUGUCCGAAAAUUGUCUUGCUGGAAGCUGGGAAGGAUGAAUUGGUUCCCAGAGAGCAUGGGGCCGUUCUGGAGAAGAGGUGCAAGGAACUUGGGCUGGACGUUAAUCAUAUAAAUGUCAGUGGAGCACUGCAUACAGAAGUCAUGGUCAAACCAGAGGGAAGACUGGCUGUUGUUAAGGCCGUGGAGGACGUAGCUCGAAGAGCGUUCUCGACGUCACGUGCCACUGGAUGA